CUCUUUCUUUCUCCCACUCCUUCUCCCUCUCACUCCUUUCGUCUGUAGUCUCUUUCGUUUACGAUACAUUGUUCUCUACACGAGUUCUCUUCGUGACUGUUAUAUUUUAUUUAGUUUCGUCGUACCAUACGUUUAAUGUUUACCACAUUAUGAAGAAACGAACGAUAAAUUAUUUUCGGAAUUAAUUUAUAAUAGAUUCAUUAUCAGAAUCAAAUAAAAUGGAGAAAAAUAUAUGUAUAGACGUUUUUCUUAGAUUUUGAUAGCGAUAAAAAUAGUGACGUUCCUUAUUUCGAUGAUGACAAUAGCGAUAGUGAUUUGGAAUCUCAAUUAUAUGGUUAUAUUCAUUAUAUGCCACUGGAAAAAGAAACGAUAAAUGAAGUCCCAAUUGUUUCAAAAGUCCUUUCUAAUAACACAAAGAACAUAAAUGAUAAUGUUACCUUAGAUAAUAAUGAACAAAAUCCGGAAAAUUCAUAUAAGUGUUUAGAUAGUGAAAGAAAUAUAGAAAAUAGUUCUUGUAAAUCUUUUCAAUGUAACGAAGAAGUAAUUCACAACAAUUUGGAAAAUGUGACAAUCAAAGAUUCGGCUCAAGAAGUAUUCAAUAUCAACGAUCCUUAUAUAUUUGAUGCAAAUGUUGAGGAUCAAAAUGAUAUCUCGCCUAUAAGAAAAAAUCGUAAAAAAAAGACAAAAAAGACUAAAUGUAAUAUUACAAAUCAAGUAACACAACAAUUGCUUAAUUAUGUCUUUAAAGUUCCUAAUAAGUUGAAAUCUUUGCCAAAUAAUCGUUAUAAUGCUAAACAGUCUAAUUCUUCGUGGAAUUUAUCUAAAGAAUUAAAGCAAAUGAAAAGAGACAAAAGAAAUUUUCUGACCAAAUACAAGAGUUCAAAAGAAUCUAUUAAUCAAAUUUAUACUAAGAAGCAUAAAGAAAUAGAAGAAAUGAAUACCAAAUACAAUGUUCUGAAUAAAAAGGAAAAAGAAAAGUUACACGAUAUUAUUGCACAUUCUAACAAUGGGAAAAAUGUUGAGAAUAAUUCUGAUUCUGAUGAGUCUAUAUUAGAAGUACCAGUUCCUCCUAAACCCCCACCACCUGUUAUUAACUUAAAUGAUUCCGAUGAGGAUAAUGCAUUACCUAACGAAAAGAACACUAUGACAAAAAAACCUUUAAGGGUUGAAGAUUACAAUACAAGUACCUUUAGAGAUCAAGUGAAAAAAGCAUUAUUGAAAUCACAAUCUCAAUUAAUAUCUCUGAAUAAUUCAGAGCUUUCAGAUAAUGCAGAUAAUAUGGAAGACAUAAUUUUGAAUUGUACAGAUAUCUGUAAAGGUGCUUCUAGUAUUAAAGAAAUUAAAGAAAUGAGCAAAAAUAUUCGGAAGGAAAAAAAUCCUCAUGGUGCAAAAGAACCAAGUCCAAAUGUUUUACAAGAUAAUAAAAUUAAUAACGAUAAAAACAAGUCUGGAAAAAAGAAUUUUAAUACGAACAACAAACAAUUGGAUAACAAAGAUAACAGUUCUACACGAGGAAGAGUUAUCGUAGACCAAAAUAAUACACCUGCAUCCAUAUGUUCAACAAAAAACAUACAGGAUAAUGCAUCUGAAGUUAUUGUAGUACAUAAAAAUAUAGAUUUUACAGAAGAUAUAUUACCUGUAGAUGAAUUUAUCAUGUCGCAAAAUCAAUCAAGUCCAAAUAAAAAAAGGAAGCUUGAUUGUGAAGAUGCAAUGAAUGACAAUGUUAAACGCGCAAGAACAAGUGACGAAUUUUAUCAAAAUGAAGCAAGUACGAGUGAACAUAGUAGAAAGAAAGAAGAUAAAGAUAAAUUGGACGACAGAUCCGUCUUCAUUCCAAUGUCAGAGAAGUUAAAAGCUUUUUACACCGACUCUCGUGGUCAAGAGAAUUUCGAUGUUAGCGAAGUGCAAAGUAAAAUGUCCAAAGAUCCAAGUCUUUGGGCUAUUUUAGAUGAAGAUUUGAUAUCAAAAUGUAAAAAACAAAGAUUUUGCGAUGUAAAAUGUACUUACUGUCAUCAGUUUGGUCAUCUAAGACACAAUUGUCCGGUACCACGUAAACCAUAUAAAUGUUACAUGUGUGGUGUUCAGGGUCAUACAGAAGCACGGUGUCCUAGAAAAAUGUGUCUCACGUGUGGUAAAAGGCAAGGGACAUUUAGAAAAACUUGUGAAACUUGUCGAACGCUUUAUUGUACUAUGUGUAAUGCGGUGGGUCAUACGUAUACAGAAUGUCCAGAUCUUUGGAGAAGAUAUCACCAAACGACAACAACGGAUAGGAUAAGUAUUCCUUCCAACAUAUUGGGCGUGAUGAAGCCUUCCGAUCUUCUUUUUUGUUGUAAUUGUACGAAACGAGGUCAUGAUUCUUCUAUGUGUAAAGACUAUAGAUGGUCGCAACAUUUUCCUACACCGUCGUUUGUAUCGAAUUAUACAGACGGUCCAACUUAUAUUAACGAAAAAGGACUUGUACAACAACCAAAUGACGAAAGCAUACAAUCUCAGAACAAAACUAACACCGAAGAGUCUGACACCAAUACGCUUAUUACCGUGCUUUCAUCCGAUGAUCUUUUACCAUUUCCAAAAGAAUUAUUAAAAAGAAAACAAAGUCAACAAAAGGCGUUUCCACGAAAUUUAUGGGAAGAUGAAUCUGAUAUCGCUUAUAUCAUAUACGAAUGCGGUAAUUUUUAUACGAUAGAAAAUAAUGGAAUGGAAAUAACAUACACUAUAACUGCAAGAAAGGGUUUCAAUACAUACCAUAUAAUGGAAUGCCGCGUUGUACCACAUUUUUUGGAAAGUUUAUUAAAGCUGUUUAUGUUUGAAGUGAAAAUAUAUAAGAAAAUUGAUUCAAUAAAUGAAAUAAUCUUACGCAUCAGAACAUACGCUGAUUUAAUAAAUGAUUUGCGUAGACUAAUCCUAUAUUGGUUGAGUCUUGAUGACGAUGAAAAAGAUUAUGUAAUGUUUUUGGAUUUACCAUCAAAACGAACGGAUAUGUUAAAACUUUUAAAUAUGAAAAUGCAAAAAUUGGGAACAGAAUCGGGGAAUGCUCUUGGCUUAUAUGAUGCCAUAACUUCGACAAAAUUUAUAUUACAGAUUACAAGAAACGAACUAAAAUAUUUAAGCCUGUUAAGUUAUAUAAAAGAGAAUCAAAAGAAGUUACUCUUAAUAUUGAAUGAUCAUCCAAAUCUACGAAAAUUUCCAGAGGAAUUACGUGAAUUUAUAACAAUUUUAGAACAAUUAAAAAGUACGGAUGUACCUCUCCAGGCAUAUCUUCAAAUCCUUACAGUCUAUAAUUUUGUAUUCGUACCUCACACUCCACCAAAAUCUUUCAUAACGAAGUAUGGUAAAUAUUCAAAGCCUAAUGUAAAUAAAAAUGCACGUAAGGGUAAUUCUAAUACUAAUGCUUCCAAAGGAAAAACAAUUCAGCAAAAUUUACCAAUACCAGUUAUACAAAGUAAUCGAGCAUCUAAUAGCAAUAAUUCACGACUCCGGAAACCUAAUCAAUAUAAUCCUACUUUGAAAGAACCUCCAAGUGUAAAUGAUUUUAUACAGUUAGAAAAUACGAAUGCUACAUAUAGUCAUGUUAAAUAUGAUGACGUAGGCAACGAGAUUAAGAGAACAAGCGAGAGUAAUAACACCGAGAAUUACAAAGCUACGGAAUAUAAUAAUCUACCAGAAACGGCCAUAACUCAAAGUGGAUGGUAUAACAAUAAUGUUGCUAUGGAUAAAAAUAUAAUAGAACAUAAUUUGCCAUCUACGUCGCACGAUUCAGUUCCGACAGAUGCGACCGCUGAUAAAUAUACGAAUAUUACCGUGAAUAUGUCGAAUAAAAGUCAAGCUGAAGAAACUGCAGAUAAUCUUAAAUUAAAUAUGCAUAAUUCUAAAACCGACGAGUAUCAGAAUAUUGAUAAAUGUACAAAUAUCAUUGUUAGCGUAUCUAAUAAGAAUCAAGCUUGUACAUCUAAUGUGGAAAAUGAGAAACAACAAAAUAAUAAUAAAUAUACAAAUAUUACUGUCAGUAUAUCUAACAAAGAUCAAGCUACCAAUAUAUCUUCAAAUUCAAAUAAUUCUACAAAUGAUAUUUGCCAAAGUACCGAAGUAAAUAAUUCGGAAAAUAAGACGGACGAUGAGAAUGGUACAGUGUGCAUCGAAAUAAAUAAAAAUGCACAGAAUCAGAUAGAAGAAAAAUCUCAAAAGCAUGACAUUAUAAAAGAUUUGGCCAAAGCUGCCAAAGCGGCUAAAGCGGCUAAAGCUGCUGAAAGAGCAGCCAAAAAGAGAGAGAAAAGAAGAACAAGACAGAAAUACGAUCCUACGACUCAACAACUAAAGAAAACGACAGAGAGAUGUUUCAAAUUACAAAAGUUGAGCGAUACUAUUCAGCGAGAUUUAUCGCUAUGUUCAUCGGAUGAUCUUAACUAUUGGACAUUGUUUGCAGAUAGAAUUCAAGGCAUGGUAAAAAUGUGUGGCGUAAUACAUAUUAAAAAGGCUUUAGUCGUCUUGAAAAAUAAAAUUGCAAAACAAACUGUAGUAAGAAAGAAUAUUUGUAUGCUCCAAAAAUUAGUAAACAUAGAGCUUCAGCAUCAAGAAGAAAUAAAAAGUUUGUACAAUCGUUUCGAUGUCGUUCCUUGAAAAAAUAAUGCGAAAAUAAGCAAUUAGCAUAAUUUCUAAUAUUAACGCAUUUUAUUUUAAUAAUAAUUUUAAGUAAGUCUUUGAAAGAAUUCAUGGGAAAAAAAUGUGAUUGUCUGUAAAGAUUAUUUUUUCUCGUUUUAGUUUUCUUUUCUAAUUAUGUAAAGUACACUUGCGUAUUAAUUACACACGAAUUAAUUAUAAGUUACGCUUAAACUUACAUUUAUGUAACACACAGAAUUAUAUUAUAUAUUUGUUAAUGAUAUUAAACAAAUUAUUGCCUGAAACGAAAAAAU